CACAGUGAGGGGGCGUGGCCUGCCGGCGGGCAGUGACGUCACACUGUGUCUGUGAGCGCAGCGCUCGGUAAUGGCGGCUGGGAAGGCGGCGGCGGCGGAGAGCGGCGGGUGAGAGAGGGCGAGCGGCCCCGGGGGCAGGAGAUACCGACACCGUGACCGAGUCAGUGACCGAGUGACAGACUGAGAGAGCCCGGGCCCGGGGGACGCCAUGGGAAACUGCCUGAAGUCGCCCACCUCGGACGAUAUCUCCCUCCUGCACGAAUCCCAGUCAGACCGGGCCAGCUACGGCGACGGCAACGACGGGGACCACGAGCCACCGCCCCCCUACCAGGUAACUGCAACUCCCAGCAAGACAGCCAGCCACUGCACCGCUCCUACUGCACUCAGCCAGCCACUGCACCACUCCUACUGCACUCAGCCAGCCACUGCCCUGUACCACUCCUACUGCACUCAGCCAGCCACUGCCCUGUACCACUCCUACUGCACUCAGCCAGCCACUGCCCUGCACCACUCCUACUGCACUCAGCCAGCCACUGCCCUGCACCACUCCUACUGCACCACUCCUACUGCACUCAGCCAGCCACUGCCCUGUACUACUCCUACUGUACUCAGCCAGCCACUGCACCGCUCCUACUGCACUCAGCCAGCCACUGCACCGCUCCUACUGCACUCAGCCAGCCACUGCCCUGCACCACUCCUACUGCACUCAGCCAGCCACUGCCCUGCACCACUCCUACUGCACUCAGCCAGCCACUGCCCUGCACCACUCCUACUGCACUCAGCCAGCCACUGCCCUGCACCACUCCUACUGCACUCAGCCAGCCACUGCCCUGCACCACUCCUACUGCACCACUCCUACUGCACUCAGCCAGCCACUGCCCUGUACUACUCCUACUGUACUCAGCCAGCCACUGCACCGCUCCUACUGCACUCAGCCAGCCACUGCACCGCUCCUACUGCACUCAGCCAGCCACUGCCCUGCACCACUCCUACUGCACUCAGCCAGCCACUGCACCACUCCUACUGCACUCAGCCACUGCCCUGUACCACUCCUACUUCACUCAGCCAGCCACUGCCCUGUACCACUCCUACUGCACUCAGCCAGCCACUCCCCUGUACCACUCCUACUGCACUCAGCCAGCCACUGCCCUGUACCACUCCUACUGCACUCAGCCAGCCACUGCCCUGUACCACUCCUACUGCACUCAGCCAGCCACUGCCCUGCACCACUCCUACUGCACUCAGCCAGCCACUGCCCUGCACCACUCCUACUGCACCACUCCUACUGCACUCAGCCAGCCACUGCCCUGUACUACUCCUACUGUACUCAGCCAGCCACUGCACCGCUCCUACUGCACUCAGCCAGCCACUGCACCGCUCCUACUGCACUCAGCCAGCCACUGCCCUGCACCACUCCUACUGCACAGCCAGCCACUGCACUGUACCACUCCUAUUACACCCCAGCCAGCCACUGCCCUGUAUCACUCCUAUUACACCCCAGCCAGCCACUGCCCUGUAUCACUCCUAUUACACCCCAGCCAGCCACUGCCCUGUAUCACUCCUAUUACACCCCAGCCAGCCACUGCCCUGUAUCACUCCUAUUACACCCCAGCCAGCCACUGCCCUGUACCACUCCUAUUACACCCCAGCCAGCCACUGCCCUGUAUCACUUCUAUUACACCCUAGCCAGCAACUACCCUGUAUCACUUCUAUUACACCCUAGCCAGCCACUACCCUGUAUCACUCCUAUUACACCCAGCCACUACCCUGUAUCACUCCUAUUACACCCAGCCACUACCCUGUAUCACUCCUAUUACGUCCAGCCACUACCCUGUAUCACUCCUUACGUCCAGCCACUACCCUGUAUCACUCCUAUUACGUCCAGCCACUACCCUGUAUCACUCCUAUUACGUCCAGCCACUACCCUGUAUCACUCCUAUUACGUCCAGCCACUACCCUGUAUCACUCCUAUUACACCCAGCCAGCCAUUACCCUGUAUCACUCCUAUUACACCCAGCCAGCACAGGGGGAGAGGACUAACUUGUAUCACUCCUAUUACACUCAGCCAGCACGGGGCUGACUGGCUGCAAUCCCACAUACAGGAUAUUAGAUAUUACCAGAUGACUAACCUGUAUCACUCCUAUUAGCCUUAGCGAGCUUAGUGAGGGGAUCUGGGGAGUCUGCUGACUAGAUAAAGGGCAGCUUUAAUAUAGUGAUAGUUACAGGGAUGACUAGUUCUGACUAACCUGUAUCACUCCUAUCAGCCUCAGUGUCUGCUGACUUACCUGUAUCACUCCUAUCAGCCUCAGUGUCUGCUGACUAACCUUUGUCACUCCUAUUAGCCUUAACCAGCGAAAUGAGGGGAGGAGGGGUGGUCUCUGCUGACCAGCUGUAGACUUGUUAAAAUCCCCAAAACCAGGGUAUUACUUGGAUUACCUGUUAUGGCCAAACUGUGCUAGCCUCAACCAGCUCUCAGGGUAGGAGUUAGGAUCUCUGCUACUAGAAAACAUUCACUGGACACACACAGAGGUAGUCAUGGUAUUUUGCAUGUGAUUCUGCAUUGCCGCUGUAAUCAACCUCAGCCAGCUGCAUGGAAUGAGUGAUGGGAGUUCAUGGACUCCUUACAGAUAGAUGGCUACUAUUUAAUAACCAGGAUAGUUCAUGUAAACAGCUAUUAUUUGGACUCAAUUUCCCAUCUAUCCCAGCCAGCUUAGUGAUAGUGAUGGGAAUUGUUGGUCCCCCAAUAGAUUGAAGUCCUGCUGUAUGCCCAAUAAAAGGUUACUUUUUUUUAAAGUUAAUUUAUUUUUAUUGAAAUUAUUUUUUAAAAUCAAGUUAAUGUUUUCUGCAUGACAUCAAAAAGUGUAUUAACAGUGGGGUGGACAGUGUUUCCCUUUUUGAUCACCUCUACCAGUUGUCUUUGCAACUUUUCUGGGCUGCAGCUCCCAUUAGUCCUAACCAGCUCACUUAAAAUGGUGUGACUCCCUCUACAGCUGGAAAACUUAUUACUGUAUACCCCCAAAACCUAGGCUGUUUUCAGACUGCAGUAGUCAUCUCUCCCAGACAUGAUGAUGGGAGUUGGGCUACCUCCAUAUGAUAUUUCCAAAGUGAAUACUUAGGGUAUUUUUGUAUCCUUUCUUAUGUUGACUAGGCAUAGUUAACCUUUGGCAAUACAGAUUCUGCUUCUUUGCCUGGCUGAGAUUCGUGUUAAACUUGUCCCACAGAUGGGAUGCAUGAGGUUAGCGUGGCAUCACAGAAUAUGGACAUAUCUGCACUUGUAUCUGGGUGGCAAAAGCAGAAACUGGCUUUUAAUAUCUGGUAUAUCGCAGUCGGUAUCUGUGGAAAGUGGGAUUUAUUUGUACAUUAGUGUUUGACUCCAUUCCUUUUCAUAAACACAAAAGAAUUAUCUAUUUUACAGCAUUAUUUUUUUGUUUUGGCACCAAAUGGGGGCAUCCGGUCCAUUGGCUGAUCAUUCAGGGCUUGUCAUAUAUAAUGUUACUGUAGUUUAAUUAAUCUUUUUUUGUUAAUGUAAAAGUUAGGUACAGUCCACUAGGUUUUCACCAGACUGAUUUUUUUACUGUUAAAUAUAAUAUUCCUUAUAUGUGUAGUAAACGGGAGGGUGGUUAGUCCUUUACACAUGACUAUGGAAUGAUAAAUAGUGUUAUCAGCAUAGAUAAUAUAUAUCACCUGUACUGAUAACAUCAAUUAACGUGUUUGCCUUUGUGUUGGAAGAAAAAAAAAAAACUACCAGUGUCCCUUUAAAUCUCUAUUAUUAAACCUAUCUAUAUUUCUGAUCAUUACUCAUCUCCAUGUUAUGCAGUCAUAUUUGCCAAUUGUGUGUGUGUACAUGUGCAUAAUCACAAACCUAUGAAUAUAUGUAAAUAAUACCAUAGGCUGCUCACAUAUUUUAUGUCAUAGGCCUGUUACUGUGGCUGUCUUUGGGCGAUGUCAGCAUAGCAUAACGCUUGGCUAGGUGUGAUUGUACAUUGACGACACAAUGAAUGAAAUCAGACUGUGAAUGUCUUAUUCUUGCUCAAGAUCCCACAUUCCUGAUGUACAAUAAAUAUUCACUAUGUGGACCUUUAGAACCAGAAAAUUGUAGAUUUUCAACUCAUCUGCCAUUUUUAAGUAGAAAUGACUGUAAUUCUCAGACAUACUUGGCAGCAAGCAUUGCAAUUGGGAUAACUCUUCAGAUGUUUAAAAGCAUUUAUUUUGUUGUGAUAAAGGGGUGCAAAGUGCAUGUUUCCUUGUGAUGUGCUGUAAGAAUAAACUGAGAAAGAUAUAUGUAAGAAGUCUUCAGAGGGUGUGCUGCAUUGCACACAAGAUUAUUUAACAUGAGCCUUAACCCACAGAGAAAUAGUGACCCAGAGGACAUUUAUCAACCCAAAAUUAACAGUGGUGAUCUUUCAACACUCCUCUGUCUUUGGCAACUUUGCAGUGUUGCUGGAUCUUUGGCAAGAAUUUGACACUCAGAUUGUGGUGAAAUAAAGUAUUGUAAAUGGUGUCAUUCUUUAUGUGGGAGUAUUUUGGCCAGGGUAGAGCCAUGCGACACCUGGAAUAGGUUUGGGUGACCUCUUGUGUAUAACAUUGUGCACAGGGCUGUUAAGCCCAGCCAAAUCUUGGUAAAACUUGUCUUGCACAGUAUCGUCUACUUUUCACUAAACUAGGUGAGACUGUUUUUAUAUGACACACAUGACAUCUCUCAUGUUAUGCAGUAAACAUGGAGAAACAUGUUCUUGCUCUGUAAAUGGGAAUGCUGAAUACCAUUUAUUACUACAAACUCUUGCAAGGAGUCCUUUGGUCAGCCCCUCCAUUUGUGUAUUUUGUUAAAGUUUGUGAGGAGCUUGACAAAUAUUGGGUCUCUCUUCUGCACCCAUUACUUGCCCUCGCUAUCUGUAAUACGCAGAAUUUUGUGAUCUACAUUUACCCUAGCUAGCCUUUUAUGUCCUUGAAAAUGUGGACAGAUAGUGAGGACCCAAAAUACUUAAUAAUCUUGAAAGGGUACAUUUUGAGUCCUGGAAAAGCCCAGUUGAAACCUAAGGGGGCAUUACUCAAAGAAUAUUUGCAUCAUAAACACAUUGUUGAAAAUUUGGUGCUUAGAGUGUCCCUUUAAAUCCCCACAUUUUAAGGAAUGAUCCUUAUUUGCAGGGCUUUGUUUUACAGGCCCAACCAGAGACAAAGAGAUUAAGAGGAUUCCCCCCUCCUCCACAAAUUUUUGUUAUUUCGUACUGAUUCGCUUGUCUGGGAUUAGACAGUUGAUGAGAGUAUUUGUGUCUGUACUUUAACACAUUAGUCAGCUGGGAGUUGACAGUAAGGUCAGCAUGCCUCCUGUGUUUGGGUGCAGGGUCGGCCUGCUUAGUGGUUAUUUGUGAAGCUGCCAUUGUUAUGUUCAGGAUGAUGAUCUCACUGUCUGCCGCAGUUCUCUCUCUCUCUUUUUUUUUUUUUCUCCAUUUAGAAACACAAGUAGUUUCCUGUAUGGCAGCUGUGCAACUUAUUGACCUCUGUGUUGAACAGAAAUUAGGCCUGAUCAAUUUCACAUCACGAGAUCCAUUACGAGUAACUAGUUACGAACCAAUCAUUCAGGGUGCUCUGCUAGCAUCUGAAAAGUAGUCAAUCAUUUGGACUGGCCACAAUAAUUAAUUAAGGGUUGACAGAUUACAGUUUUGGGGGUGAUUCUUUUUUUUUUAUUUUUUUUUUUGUUUAUUUCAACUCUUUUAAUGCUAGAAGUAUGCUCAGUACUUUACUCGACAGUGGCCUAGUCAUUGAAAAGCUUAAAUGCCCAGAAUUCAGGAUUUGUUGCAGAUAAUGACUACUUUGUAGUGUUUUUUAGGUGGUUUUGCAGUUGUUUCCUGUAAACGUGCUCGAUUGUAGCACAAUAAAGAAAUUAAUUUUCUGAAACUCGUGUUUUUUGAGCCUUGCAAUGGAGGCGGUGGUCUAAAUAUCAGAAUGCUGAGCUUGGUCAGCAGGUUUCUUAUUGUUAAUUGUGCUCUCCUUUUGGAAGCAUGGUUAUGUUACAUCUGGGAGGGAGGGGAUGAGAAAUACCAAGUGGAAUUUUUUUGUGGCUAUACUGGAAACUAUGAACAAAGGGUGGAAGGUCACUUCUUUGUGCUCCCAAACUGUCCUAAUUAGUUUCCCUUAUCACAGCUACAUUUACCUGUAUGGGGCUUUCUAAUUUGUUAUGGAAAAUGAUUACUAAACAUGUAUUGUGAUUGUGGGUGUGCCAUAUUAUUUUAGGGAUUCUGUUUAUAUUUUUGGUUACAUUUCCAUUGUUCGUUCUUUCACACUUUAUAGAAGUACAGAUUUCAAAAGAAAGUGUCCUGGCUGUCAGGUUUACCCCUAGCAUUGGGCUUUUCUGUCAGAAGCAUUGCAGACUCAGUGACUGCCACACAUCGUGUCCCAAUUCUCUCUGUGAGAAACUGGAUUGGUCUGGAGAUCUCCACUAGCGAGAGACAACACCCUUGCCUCUGCAUUAGAAGCAAGUUAAAGGGUUAUUCCAAGCACCAUUACCACUUCAGUGAUUUGAAGUGGUCAUGGUGCCUGACGUUUGUAUGUCAAGAAUUUCUCUAUGAAACUCUGCGCGCAAACAAGAACCAAAAAAAAAGAGAUACAUGUGCACUAUCUUAAAUCCCUACCCAUAUUUACAUAACUGGAGUUUUUUUGUAUUACUCCUAUGGCCUUUAAAGUGUAAGCUCACUUGCCACAUCGAGGCAGAACCUCUUAGGUGAGUCGUACACCAGCAAUUCUCCUUGCUGCUUUCUGUUAAAAGGUAAAAUCCCUGAGCCAGAAAUGGCUAUGUGUUAUAAGCCCUUACACACUUGUUAAACCUUCAUAGGAUGCACAUGGGGUGGGAAGCAGCACUGUAACAUGGCUCUUCAAUACAAACAUUCAGAGUUUAACCCCUUCUCUGCCUGAAAGGCAAUUCCACGUGUGGUGUUAUCAUGCUGCCCUCUCUGACAUCCAGUCUUCCUCAAGCAAGGGGCAGUGAUGUCAGCAGAAGAGGAUCAGGCAUAAUAAGUUUUAGAUUUUUUUUGGUGGGGGCAAUAGAAUAGGAAGGGUUACUUUGAAUAAAAUAAGUGUUUCAAGAAGUUUUGGUUGGAGUAACUCUUUAAGAGCUCAAAUUUCUGCUAGUAAGGUUACUUUUGGCCUUUUUCCAAACAAGUACUUUUUGUAAGGAACUGAUAUGAUGUUCAAAGUGUUUGGUUUUUUUUGAAAGCAAAAUAGUUUCACUGGAUCAUGUUGCUUGUACAUUGUUUCUGUGUGUUGGGAAAGUCCCAGUGAUUUGAAACUUUGUUUACAUUUCAAAAAACUGAAAAGAACAUAUUUCACCCUCCCAAUUAACAGUUCCUUAUUGUUCCUGUUUCAAAGGGCACAAUAAGAACCAUAACUACAACAGCAUCCUCUCUGGUUAUCAUUGUUAAGGAAGUCCAUACCUACCCUAUUAGUGAUAUUGGUUACUUGUUUCUGGAUGGAAUGAAUUGUUAGAGAGCACUGGCUGACAUUUCAGCCAAUGAAUUCCUUCCGAAUAGGGGCAAUAUUCAUACACAUCAUGCAGUAGACGUACUUUCACUUUAGGUAUAGCAGAGAAGAUAUGGUUUGAAAACAAUUUGGCUACUUACUAUGAGUUGGCAAAAGGGGACUCUAUUGAAUUCUGUAGCAGUUAUGAUGGCUCUUAUAUUCUUUAUUGCUGUAAAUUAUGUUGGAGUCAUAUUCUAUACUUAUAUAUCAUACAUUUGCUUGUUGAUAUACAUGCUCACACAACAACUUGUAUCAAAUCAAAAUUAAAAAAGCUUUUAUUUACUUAUUUUAUUGAGAUAACAUUUUAAGCUGCCACAUGUAUGUUUUUGGUUGUACCCCAUCCCCCAUUGCUUUCUAGUAUAUUAAAUGUGUUAAACCCCUAAUUUUUCAGUAACAUAGGCGCUUACUAUCUGGAACCAAUUAUAUGAAUGCAAUCUGCAUUGGAAUCUUACAUCAAGGAUAAACAACAUACAUUUUUUUCAGUGCUUCAUAUGUGGAGUGGUUUCUUUUGAGACUUGAUUUCUUUGGCUAAGCAUUAUGGGAGUUGCAGUCCUCAACAGAUGUAGUGUGUAUUGCCUGUGUCUUUAAGUUUGCCUUUUGUAUUCUCGCCUAAGAGGCCAAAAAGCACAAGUGCCUGUAUCAUGACGCAGCACUUCACAUCGAUUCGUGAGUCUGACUUAAUCAUAUCCUACUGUCGAGCACUUUGGUUUCAUAUAAUUGCAAUGCAAUCUAUUACGGAAGUAAAACAAACCCGUUCCUGGUUAGCAAACUUAUUUUCUUUCACUUGCAGGUUCCAAAUUACUUAUUGUUAUCAGAAGUUCUAUAUUCUAAAAUACACUCAAGGCGCCAUAACCUCUGUAGUGUAUAGUAGGGGUUCCCAACCCAGUCCUCAAGUACCCCCUACCAGUCCAGGAUUUUGGGAUUACCCUGUUGUGUCUAUGGUGUUUUUAGAAAGAAAAAACAACCCUUUAGAUACAACAGGGUAAUCCCUAAAUCCUGGACUGUUAGGCGCUACUUGAGGACUGGGUUGGGAGCCACUGCUGUAUAGUAUACAGUUGGCAGAGUUGAAUGUUGUUUAACUCGUUCUACCUGUAUCUGAAUAUUCGUCAAUGCAAACUGUUUGUUCAACGAGUGUCAAUAAUCGUUCUACCUGUAUCUGAAUAUUCGUCAAUGCAAAUUGUUUGUCCUUGUAUGUCUAUAACCAAAAUGGUUAAGAUGUAAAAGGACAAUGCAGACUGGAACUGACUCUUUUUGACUUCAUGCUUUUUAUAGAUAAUGAAUUUAAAGCCACACAAAACUGACCAAUCGAAUACAAAACAUAACAAUGCUCAAAUAUGAAGUUUCUCCAUUUCCCCAGAUUGUCAACAACUCAUAUUUCAGUGAAUUACCCUUCAAAUGAACUUGGUUUGAGAGAAAGUGACAUGUAUACAGUUAGUAUAUAGUAUGUAGCUCACUCAGUGCUAAGGUAAAACCACACAUGUUCCCAGUCCACAGAUAUGGCAGUUACAUGUAGUGUCCAUUUGUUCGGGAAAUAAGCCGAAUGUGCCUGUGUUAUAGUACAUCUACAGGUCACAUUUGCUGUGUUGGACAAUUAAAAUGGAUAAUUAAAUGUGUAGGACUUUAAUGAACACUAUACACAAUUAAGCUGUAGUAUGUCCGCUGCAUAAAGAGCCUUCCUGUGUAGACUUGUUUGAAAGCACUACCAUUUCUGUUUGCAUUGAGCUGUAAGACGGCCACUGGAAACACUUCUGCCUUCCAUCCUUACAAUGUUUGCAGGACUGACGUUUGAUACCCUCAUGCACAGCAUGUAGACACCAUACACUCUCCUUUGAGGUGCAUUUUUAUAAUGCAUCUCUGUAAGAAAAUGCUGAUGUGCACAGUAGGCCCCGCAAUACUUCUCUAUGAAGUAUUUGAUUGGGUGAGGUUACAUAGCUGAAAAGAGACUUGCGUCCAUCCGGUUCAGCCUUCCUCACAUUUGUAUUUUGCUGUUGAUCCAAAAGGUUAUUAUUUCUGAUUAUGUCGAUGAGGGUCAGGAGGAAGAAAAGGCAAGUACAUUUGUUGUUAGUAAGUUCAGUUCCAGAUUUUUGUAGAAAUUACUUUUUCAAAACUUUUAUGGACAGCGUAUCGGCACCAGUUAUUGGCAAUCAGACCGAAAAGGCGAGUGAUAAUCUGUAUCGGCAUUGGCAAUAGAAAAAUGAUUUGUGGAUCCCGAUUAUAAAAUAUAAAUGUUUGUGGAUCCUGUUAUCUAUUAACUAUUCCUCAGGAUAGGGCUGCCCUGCAUACCUUUAUCAUUGAGCCUUAGCUUGAAGUGGAUAAAUUCUCUUCCCAGACAGUAUUCUAGUAUUCUCAUACUGGAGUUUACACUACCCUGCUGGUAGAUCAUGGAGAUAGACACAGACACAUGGGGCCUGUGUCAUUAUCUGAGGGUUGAACCUUUGUGAUUUUGUCCAGGGACUCCCCACAUACCACCAUUAAAGGGACUCUCCAGUGCCAGGAAAACAAUCCGUUUUCCUGGCACUGCGGGUUCUCUCUCCCUCCCACCCCUCAUCCCUGGUUGCUGAAGGGGUGAAAACCACUUCAGUCACUUACCUGAGACACCCGGUCCCUCGGCGGUGGUUUCGGGUCGCUGCCGCUCCUUCCAGUUGUUACGUCCGCCGGCCGCGGUGACCUAAUGCACAUGCGUGGCAAUGCCGCGUAUGCACAUUAGAGCUCUCUAUAGGUCUCCAUAGGAAAGCAUUGAAAAUGCUUUUCAAUGCUUUCCUAUGGGGAAUUGAGCGACGCUUGAGGUCCUCACACAGCGUGAGGACGUCCAACGACGCUGAAGCACAGGUUUUUCUGUGCUAUGGACAAGGAAGUGCCCUCUAGUGGCUGUCUACUAGACAGCCACUAGAGGUGGAGUAAAACCUGCAAGGUAAUUAUUGAUGUUUAUAAAAAACUGCAAUAAUUACACUUGCAGGGUUAAGGGUAGUGGGAGUUGGCACCCAGACCACUCCAAUGGGCAGAAGUGGUCUGGGUGCCUGGAGUGUCCCUUUAAGGUUCAAAUGUGAUGGAUCUUCUUCAUUUUGGUGCAAACAGUAAGUGUAAUAUUCAUUAAUUUAUGCUUGCAUUUGAUAUCACACAACCUGACACCAGAAUUUUGAUCACCAGAGUUAAUCUUACACUUGCGUGUGCUUCACUGACACUGAUAUGUUCUACUUGAUCCUAUAACUGUUAUGACAUAAUAUGCAUUGUGAGGCAUGUUAACUAUACAAACUACGUAAAGACUUGUUUGAUUAGCAAAACUGACAAACACACAGUCAGCUGAUAUUACACAGCCCUGAACUGAAUGUUUUAACAGCUUCAGCCAAUAAAAAUCUAAGAAUUCAAGGCGUCUAUCUCAGUAAGGGUUCUUGUUUGUUUCUCGUGCAAUACAUGUAUACUUGUGUGUCUUGUGAAAGUCAUGUAACAAGCUUGGCCUGUUCUACAAUCUGCCAGGGUCAGUUAGAAGGUUGGCUCGCUCUGUUUAAGAAAGAACUUCUCAGUUUUGCGAGCCCAUGUAAAGGACUUUGAGCAUACAGUGUAGAGUCAUCGCCAUCAGAAGAUCCUUUUUCUGGAAAUCACCUGGCUGUUUAAAAAAAAAAAAAUAUAUAUAUAUAUAAAUGUCUUCUAGUCAAGCCAAAUUAGCCAGGGUGACUUGUUCUUCCUUCUUAUUUUUUGUAGCCCGUGUGGAGCAGUAACCUUAUAUAAUAUGUACGUAUACAGAUCACUCACUGAAAUCCCAUACUGCCUGAGAUUACAUAGAUUGUUACACCUUCCAAUGAAAACCGUGACACACAGUGUGACUGACAAUGUGAAGGAGCCCCUAAUCUUCGGGCUUCACUGGACAUACAUGUCCCAUCCUGUAUGAGAUUAGUGAGUGUUGCAUUCUGGGUAUUGCUCUCCCUGUAUAUCACUAAAAAGACUAUCUGAAUUGAAGGGACAUUCUAAGCACUAUAACCACUACAGAAUGUUAUCUGUGGCACAAAGAUUAUUUAAAGGUUUUUUUGUUUUUGAUAUUCUAUAGUACUUUGGCUUUAUUCCCAGUAUAAACACCUUUAUUUAACCCUCACAUUUUCUUGAUUCAAAAUAAACCUUGGGAAAUAAUCCAGUUUUACCUGAAAGAAGGUAUGCAAUAAUGAGUGUGUAUUCCGCAUAUUUGUGUGUAUUUCGUGUGCGUAAAUGGAAAGAUAUGCAUUAAAGGAGCACUUGAGGUGCCAUAGCAGAUUCAUCUCGAUGACGUUGUUAUGGUGUCUGGAGUCCCCAGGGCAGUUUUACUGUUUAAAGUAAAACCAGUGAUCGGCAAAGAGUAUCAUUUAAUGCUGGCAACGCCGGAUUGCUUACGUUAGUGCUUCCACAUUAUCCCAAACAGAAGAAGAGUUGCAGACUGACACCUGGGGACAUAUCUUUAUAUGGAUGCAUAGAAGCUGGUGUUUUGAAAUCAAUGGUUUAAAGGGUAGCCACACUUCCUGAAACUUCUGAAAAUAACGAUCCACAAUUCUUUUGUGGCUGCUCUUUUAGAUAGUGCUGCAUAUAAAAAUGAUUCAUGGGGGAGGGUGGUACAGAAAUGCAGAUGUCCAUAAAACCUUUAAAAAAAGACUUAAAAUUGUGUAUUACAGUGAUGACCAUUUUAACUAAAAGGGACAUACUAGAGCACUUAAAGGACCACUCUAGGCACCCAGACCACUUCAGCUUAAUGAAGUGGUCCUGGUGCCAGGUCCAGCUAGGGUUAACCCAUUUUUUAAUAAACAUAGCAGUUUCAGAGAAAAAACAGGCUUAUUAAUGGGUUAAGCCUUCCCCCAAAGCCUCUAGCGGCUGUCUCAUUGACAGCCACUAGAGGCGCUUGCGUGCUUCUCACUGUGAUUUUUCACAGUGAGAGCACGCCGGCGUCCAUAGGAAAGCAUUAUGAAUGCUUUCCUAUGUGACCGGCUGCGCGCGCAGCUCUUGCCGCGCGUGCGCAUUCAGCCGACGGAGCAGAGGAGGAGAGAAGGAGAGCUCUCCGCCCAGUGCUGGAAAAAGGUAAGUUUUUACCCCUUUCCCCCUUCCAGAGCUGUUUUCCUGGCACUAUAGUGGUCCUUUAAGUUUGCUGAAGUGCUUUGUGUGGAGUGUUUUUUUUUUUUUACGAAAAGUGCAGAUUACUUCCUGAUUUGUUUAGCUCAGAUAAACUCAAUAGGCAGCAAUUGCCCAGAGCACCUGCAUUGGGAAGUUUAUGAUUGGCCCAUCUAGUCUGCUCAAUCCUAUAUGGUUGCUAACAAUUAUUUUUUAACUGAAAUAUCUUUCCUUUGGAGACUGUAGUGUCAAGGGGAAAAUGCCUAACCUGUGUCAUUGAGAGUUGGGACAUGUUGGGUAUGAGGCUGUUGACACCUUUGCUGCCUUCAUCAUCAUCACCACCACUAUUAGUGGUAUUCAGCCACAGGAUUAGCAGUGAGUCCUCUACUCUGAUUUAACAUCCAAGCGUGGGACCUAAUUUGUGUGGAUGAUCAGACCCACACUAUACCACAUGGGCCUGGCUGGGUUUGAACCUGGGUCCUCUGCAUCCCAGUCAGUGACCUUACCUUUAAUGCUACACUUCUUAGUUACAUGUUUUCAUAUUUGGGGAAUAUUUACUAUUCAUUGACUUAAAUAAAUUGUUUAAACAUUUUUGGGGGGCAUUGGAAUGUCCCUUUAAAAAAAAAUAUUUUUUUUUGUAUACUGUGUGCUAUAUAUCAUACAAUCCUGUAAUUAAAAUGUAAUUUUGAUUGGAAUUGUUUUUUUCCACUUCCUAAUGCAGCAUUUUCCCUUCCAUUUAUUUCUUCUACACAGCUUUUACCUAUUUGCCUGUGUUCCUCUCAUUCUGUGGGCAUAAGGCAUUUCAGCCGUCUGCAACAUCCUUCAUUAUUGUAUUGGUCGACUUCAAAACAAGAGUGCACUCUCCAGAGAGAGAAUCCCAUGUGAAUAAGACUGCUUCUAAAGCACCUGCUUCGCAUUACUCUGGGUACCUGCAUUAGGAAUUCUGUUUUUCUGCACAUGUUGACCGCUUCACAUUUAGUUUGUGCUGUUAGGAAAUCUCCCUUUGUAAUUGGACAGAAUCCAUUUGUUUGUGUUGCAGUGCAGAGCCCAGUAAUCUCAUUCUAAUCUUUAUCCCUCGGAUUACCACCAAGGUCCGGGUAGAACAUCGGUUGACCUCUUUUCCACUGUACCAAAUAUUAAGACAGAAUUGUUUUCCAUUCGAGGUGGUGCACUAAAACGAUAAACUUUAAAUAAAACGUUCCAUGUGUUCUCACUAAACUAAGGCAUUUGUGGAAAUUUUACAACUUUAUUACAUAGUGACAUGUUUGGGGGCAUGUGAUUUGGAGGGGUGGCAGAAAUGUACCAUCAUAGAAUGACUAGUUAUUCAGCUAACAAAUGUGUACGUUUGUAAAUUACACAUUAGACUUUACUCUAUUUUGUCGUAGAAAUGGAGAUACUAUGUAUACAUACUAUGUAUGUAUAGAAGGAAGUGCUGGCUUUCUGGGUUGUCAAACUCGGGUCCACGACUACACACUGUACAUACAUACAGCCACGCCACUUACGCACUGUACAUACAACCACCAGAAACACCUUACAUACCGGGAGUGUGCGCGUGUGCGCACACACUCACACACACACACACACAACCACCAGAAACACCUUACAUACCGGGAGUGCGCGCGCACACACUCACACACACACAUUGACAAAAGGAGAGACUACACUCAAGGUAAUUUACAGAACUUGGAAUUUUUGUAAAAUAAACCCAAAUGGUAAAAUGUAAUCAACAAUAUGGCAAACGUAGAGAAUAUUUCCACAUAGACUAUUUUUACCUCCAUUUCUGCAUUCAGAUUUAAUUUGUAAAAAUGAAUUUAGCAAAGAGCCCUGUCAAUGUCACGGCUCUAGACAAGACCCCCCUGAUCUUUGUAAUUGAUUUUUUUUUUUGUCAGGCAGAUUGGGUUACCACUUUUAGCCCAUUGAGGAUGCAGACUUAUUUUUUCUUCAAAAAUUCCACACGCCUGCCAUUGUCAUAAUGAUACAAGCACCAUAACCACGGUAGCACACUGCAGUAGUUAUGGUGCCAGGAGUGCCCUGAGGCAAUUUUGAAUAGUUUACCUGGGUCUGCUGAAUGACACUCCCUGCCUCCACUACAUCUUUCAAAGAGCUGGAAGUUGACGCUUGCAGCCAACGAGCUGGCCUUGCACUGCAGAGCAUAGCUCAGAAAUACUAACUGGAGCAUGUAAGCGGGAGAGCUGCAGAGGUGAGGCGGGGAGCGAUGCCUGAUGGACCCCAAGUAUGAAGUCAAACAGCCUGACUGUUUAUAAUGGCGGGUACCAGGGUAUUACUGGUACCUUAACCAUUACAGUUUAAUCUAGUAAUUAUGGUGUUUGCAGAGUAACAUUUACACAGGGUUACAUGAGUAAUCCCACAUUUUACAAUGCAUCACCACGUAAUCUGUGAUACAGACACCCAAUCAAACCAUUUUGUGCCUAUGUGUAUUUUAAAUCUAUAUUAUUGAGGAAUAGCUGCUAUAUCGCGCUGUGCCAGUCACCUUUUCAGUGUUGGUGCAGUGAGAACAGGACGGAUUUAAUGGAGACACCUGCGCGUUAUCAUGUGAUUGAGUGCAUUUUGCUAGUCCGUAUGAUAAAGGGCUGAUACAAUUUGCCUGUCACUGGUUUGAGGUGCUGCAGUGAGAAGUACUGUUUCUUUGAAAAAGAUACAUCCCAUCCCAUAUGAUAAAUUCCUUUAAACUAGAAGUAUAUUACCAGUCAUACUGUACCGGGUCAAAUAGCAAAAUACAACAAGCACGAAACAUGCAUAGCACACAGUAUUUCCUGAUUUACAUAUUCAAGCAGCAUCACCGAGCUACGUGUAAUUAGAUUGACCUCUGUGGCCUUCGAACUGCAUUACAGAUUUGAACAUGUCAUGCUUUUAUAAUCAACAUCUAAUAGUUUGCGGUCUUUAUAUACUUGACAGAUCUAGGUCAGUGGAUUGCACUAUAUGUAUCGGUUCUAGGCUCUGUCAUUCAAUAGGUAGCGAGUUACCCCCAUGGGAUAAACAUUCCUGCAUGCUAAGCAAUCUGGUCACUGAAACGGGUAACCGUGCAUGGCAUUUUAUAAGGUGUGAAGAUUAAAUUAAUUGAUCGCGUCUCCUCGAGCCUCCUUUGUAUGUGCAUUGGCUGAAUUCAGUUCUUUAGGUAUGCAGAACUCAUUUACUCAAGAUGAUGUUUUGAAGGUCAUAGUCACCAAUGUUUCAUGUUCCUAUCAAGGUAGUGCAUUCCUGAGCAAGGUUGGUGAGGACAGACUUGCGUUUGGUACAAAUAAAGUUGAAUAAAAAUAAUAAUGUAUAAAUACAACAAGAUGGCAAUGUUUUGUUAACUAUCGUGUUUAUACGUUGGCCUAGUUUAAAGUCAGUUUUCGAUUCCAUUGGGAUUAGUUCAUCUUGGUCCCCAUUGGCUGUCAUAGGUUUUAAAUAUCACCGGUCAUCCACCAAUUCGAUGCAAGACAAGUUUAUAUCUAAUAUAUACUUUGUGAUAAUGACAUGUAGAGAUUAAAGGCGGACUUCAAGCACCAUUACUACAUAUUCUCAAAGAAUAGGUUAUGAUGCAUUGAGUUCUUCUACAGAUAAUUUUGCAAAGGACACAUUGACAGAAUGCUGCAAAAGCUGUAGUCCUACCAGUGGUAGCUUAGCAGGACAGUCUACAUUGACAUGUAGGGACAAGAUGGUGACGAAGACCAUUGGUCCUUAAGAGGUUAAAGAUAGUAAUCAGUUUAAUGGUUUACAAAUGGCUUGAGAUUUACUUUGCUGUAUCAAGCACUCUUGGUCCUGACGGUCUGAUUUCCUGUGAUAAAGGGAACAAUCAUACGUCUAAAUUAGACCACAUUCAUUGGCUGAGAGUGUGAGCUGACGCUCUGAUACAUUUUUAUUUAUCAACCGGCUGACAGGUGGGUGGCUGAGACCCUAGUCUUAAUCUGAACUUUUAGGUGUCUAAUCUCUUAUGUAUCCCCAAGGGUUUCCGCUGAACAGUAUCACCAUUACAGAACUCUUUUACAAUAAAAUUAACUUGAGUUUCUUUAGCACAUUCAGUGCUGGGAGGGAUCUAGAAGCAGAAGCCUCUUUAUUGUGUUGUAUGUGUGUCAGCAGACGUGAUUUAAUGGUGUAAGACAGCAGCAACUGGCAUGGCCUCAGGAGACAGCUGGGCUGGGAGGAGGCUCUGCCGUGUGGCAUAUUAACAUUGUAAGCCCGGGUAGCGAGACCAGGCUGGCUCCUGAGGUUACUGCGUGUGUCGGCGCUCGCCAUCCUUUCACCAGCUGGAAGCGUGACAUAAAGAAUCCAAAUAACAAUAGAUUCCUGCUUAAUCAGCUAAUUACUGCCAGUGUGAAAAGCCUUGGCACUCCACCAUUCUUUUUGGCUUGAAUAACCUCCGCGCCUGUGACUUGCAGUUGUAGGUUUAUAAAAUCAAUAUGUUUAGUGAAUGUCUUGCUUGUCUGCUUUCAUAGAUGUUUGGGGUUUGUGUUACCGGGGCAUAGCGUGUUAUCAGACCACACAACACGUCUUGCAGCCAAAGAUUAAAGGAACAUUGUACUAUUAGAAAUAAAUAUAGUUAUUGUAAUGCUGGUGUGUUCAGUUGACCAGUUUAUCUCCGUGAAGUAAUCAGCGUGCCAUGUCCCUGUCUGUUAAACCCUACAACUGAAAACAUUGCGAUUCUGCAAGAAAGCAAAGUUGCAUUGUUUAAUUGCCGGGUUAAUCUGGCUGUUAUAGCUCAGAAUACAAGCAAAACACAUAUGGGAUACGUCUCUGGAAUCUAAAAAGAACAUAGACAAAGCAUUGUGUAAUACGAUUUUAACAAAUAAUGUGCACUGUACAAAAAUGCACUCACAAGAUGUAGACGUAUUAUGAGCUCAAAGGGUGCCUCCCCUGAUGUAAUUGGAGGGGGCUAUGGAUCCCUCUCCGCUGUCUGCAGGAUAGCAGGAAAUCAGGACUCCGGAUGGUAGUAUAACAUAGCAGCUUUUAUUAUAAAUCGAAUAAAAUUGAUAAAACCACAGAUAACACAUUAAACAAUAAAAAUAUUGAUAAAACAGCAGUGGCACUGAAUUCGACAGGCACCUUAGCCCAAACUUACGUCAUCUAAAUGUCUUUCCUCUACACCACGAAAUUUGACGAGAGGGCUCUCUCGUACCGCUCACACCUCCACGCUAGCUGUUGAAGGUGUUAAGAAUUGUAACCUGCUAACCCUUCUUAAAAUUGUGCAUAGUCUAGCUGACACCAUUCCUCCUGACAGGCAAAUGAUAUUGUCGUAAUUCCUGAUAUGAACGAGAAGUCUCUGUCUACCAUUAUAGAAUGCACCUAAAAUGUAGCGUAUUCUGCUUAUUAUUGUCUGUAUGAUUCUUUAUUAGCUACAAUAAAAAAUAUAUAUAUAAAUAAAAAGUUGCAGAAUUCUUCACACUUACGGUAAAUUUGAAUCUCUGCUUCCUGCCUAAGAGAUUUCAAAUUCUGGAACAGGCCACCAGAUGCAGUUAUCUUUAUCUGCUUGUGCCAACACAUAAGCUUUGUGCAAACCCAUUGGCAUAUUUAUUUUUAGUAAACAAACCUUAAGCUUUCUUGAAAACAAACGAUUUAUACUGCUCAGGAUGUAAGUUUCCUUUACAUAAUGGGUCAAAUAAGAAGCUGUGCAUUUGGUGCCAAAAAAGCAGAGGAUGCUGCUAAAAGGUCUGAACUGUCCUCAUUCGUGAAAUUUACAGCAGGCACUUCUGGGUGUUAGAGCGGCUGCGCUGCAAGCUAUUCUAUCGGUAGCCUUCCUAGUCACUGUUCGUUUCUGGUAAGAGAAGAGUCCGAGACUAAAACUUUACCAAAGCAUUUCAAUCAGACAGGAGGGAAGCUUUUGUUCCUCUUAUGUUGGCUCUACAGAGGAGGCACACUGGGCUAACACGAGCCCGCCUUCCCCACUUCUCAAUUAGCUUUAUUACAACUCAUUGAGAAGCAUUGUAAAGUCUUGAUAUGUGUGUGCACUCACACACUGCUUUAGCACAGAGCCGAUGAUAACAGGCCUUCCAAGUCCUGCUCUUGGUGGGACAGUUCUGAUUUCAGGAUCCUGUCCUUGUGUCCUAAAGGCUGGAGGCCAGCCAUGCCUUUUUAUUUGGGUUAUGCCUGCCCAUUAUGUGCUAUUUACGUGGGUUGCACCGCUGGUCACCCUGUCCUGAUUAUCCAGUCAUGAUUGCUGGGAGGUAUGUGAUCGUUCAUUCCUCCAGGGAUAAAAGGGAGACCUUGCAAAGGCUGCAGACAGCAGUUAUGUAGCUUUUUUUUUUUUUUGUCACAUGGAGAAAUGAGUACGUUUGAAUCCAACAAGAACAAAAACCUGCUCUUAUAAUGUUCGAGAAUACCUCUGAAAUGUCUUUACUGUGCACCAUCAUACACAUGGGAACAGGAUGGGAUCUUUUUAUGGUCAAUCUUUAUUUAAGAUUUAUUUAAUCAAUUCAAAAAUGCAUCAGGAGAAAAUAUUUUUUUUUUUUUUUUUGGAAAUUCUUUAUUUUUGGUGUGCAUUAAGGUUUACAACAUUGCUUGUACAGCCACAUCAGCUCUCACAAGCGCAAAUUCCAAAGAAAAAAAAAAAACUGAUAUGUGGUAUGUAAGGAGCUUGCACACAUUUUUAUGAGCUUACUUUACAUCGUGAUAUCAACAAGUUGAGUAAAAUAUUAACAAUAACAAUAGGUGGACAUAUGCUUUAACAGUGGUGUUUUAGCAGAUUUGUGCUAUGAGGGAUAGUACUAUAGUAGUGCGAUUAAGCUGUAAUGAGAAGAGACUACGUCAGCCUUUCGUUUUGGCUCAGUUUAAGUGGGAGCGUGUGGUUUGUGCCUUAGAGUGAACGCUAGACAGGUUACGUCUUGAUAAGGUAGUAGCAAUUAUUGUAGCAAUAAUAAAGAAAUAAGAAACACAAGAGAAAUUUUAAGAAACAAAGAGUAUGGUUUGAUCUGGUAGCGUGACAUUAAUUUUGUCGUGCCGAUUUGUACAGAUAAGGAAUAUACGGCCCCAUGGCGUGUUCCAUGUAUAGCAGAGGUUAGACUGUGGUUUAAAGGCAUAUAUGUCUGUACAUUUUUCAGAGCACAGAGAUAGUUAAAUGCUUCUGUUGUCAGGAUAGAAGUGUGUAUCGCCUAUUUCGUUAGUGUGGCUUACGCUGCCGUAUGAGUAGUGCAGUAUUAAUGGCAACCAUGUUGUUGCGGCUAGUUUGCUCUAAAUGUUUGAGUGACUCAUGUCGUGUGAGAUGACGCAUGUUCUGCUAGGCCAUUGUACUGUCAGGGUAGGGUUAAAUAUCAAGUUAGUCCUGCCAUAAGUAUAUGAAUGGGUGAGUGUAAGAAUGCGUCCCGUGUUUGUCAUAUGGAAAGGUCAAGGCUCUAUAAAAUGCGUCGGGCCUGGUUGAGCUCGUGUUCCUAUUUUGGUGGUCAGUUUGGUCCCUGCGCUGUAACAUUCUAAGUAAAUGCGCAUUUACAGUGAUAAGAUCAGUUUGUGGUUUUACCGCUAUUAUAAACAAAUAACGAUCAUGAACAUUGGUCCCUCCCAGGGGCCCUUACGGGCUGUCCUGCAUGGAGGAUUGAGAGUCUCUGGGUGUGGGGUGGCGACUGUCACAAGACGGUCGAGUGCCCUGGGGCUGCAUAGGGCGUUAUCGUGUGGCUCUGCGAAGUCCCUCCUGGGUUCCCCUCUCUGAGUAGGCGAAAGUCCUGUUUUGUUGUGGUCUCUCAAGUGACCAGCAGUGUGAUGCCGUCAGGUACAAAAUAGAAGUCCAUGGAAAGAAAAACAAAAAGAACUGGGUAUGAAGGAAACUAAAGUCUGAUGAUAGGCAAGAGCGGCCGCGGGUCGCUGUCUCUGUGCCUCUUUAGGGCGGUAUAGUGCCGCUUGGUACCACAUUCCUCUCUGCAGGGUUGCCUGGCUGCCCCUUCAGCGGGACAAAUGGCUUGGUCCUUGCGGGGUCCCAGUUGUGCUUCUUGCUUCUGGCUUCCGCUGGGCCUGUCGGCAUAAGGGAGUUCUCUGGCAGGCCAAGUGUGGUCAGCAGCCGUUUAGCCUCCGGUAGGUCUUGUACUGUGUGGAUCAUAUUGUCCUUUAGGACCUGUAGGGCUCUUGGCGUGCGCCAUCGAUAGGUGAUAUCAUUUUGUCUCAGGAGUAUCGUGACUGGUUGAAGGGAUCUGCGCCACUGCAUGGUAUCUCCAGACAAGUCUGAAAAGAAGGUAAGGUUGGCAUUUUCGAAGUUGAGCGGGGUCUUCCCCUGCAGGGCCUUAAGCACGGCCGCUUUGUCUGCUCCAGAUCGGAAUCUCACCAACAGGUGCCCGGAGGCCGUGGCUGGGGCCGUCCUUGGUUUGGGGAUUCUAAAUAUCUCCUCAAAGCUCAAGGCUUUCGCUUGUUGCGGCUUCAGUAGUGUUCCCGCGAGUCUGCUCACCAGGUGUGGGAGUUCUUCUGGCAAGACUUCGUCUGGGACGCCUCGGAUCUUGAGGUUAUUGCGGCGUCUUUGAUCCUCAAGGGUCGCAAAUCGGUGGUCCGUAGUUGCUUGGUGAGGAGAAAAUAUUCUGCGCGUGGGAGUGGGGGCAUAAUCCCACAAAUGUAAUAAGAAUUUCCAAAAAGAGCUCAUGGGAAGAAACCAGGGUUGCACAUGAUUCUGUAGCCUUAACAUGCAAGUUAAUGUGACUCCGUUACAGCAGGAGGAAGCCUUGGACUGAUGUAUUUCAGUAGGGAACUAUGAAUAAUGAGCAAAAUAGGGUGGGGUAGGUUAAAACGCAGACUCCCUGCAUGAGAGAGAGCCUGGAGAAGAGGGGGAAAGACAGAAAAGGCAAAGAGAAUAAGAGGGAUCAGGAGAUAGAAGGGGGACUUCCCACCAACUCUAUGGCCCCAGAUAUCCCCCAUUAAAUAACCAUGGGGCCGAAGUGGAGCAAUAAUGCUCCUGUCUCUCGUACAGGGAGGCCUUAUUUUAUCGACCUUAGUAACUCAUUGAGUAGAGUGCACCUCCAGAGGACUGGGAUCAGAGUCUUCAGCAUUCAGGAAGUGUUAGGGUAGAGGUUUUUGUUUUUUAAAUUAUAUCUGGUGUUGGCCACUUUAGUAUAAUGCGGUAGAUAUUCUGCAGGACAGAAAGUGGGUAGACUCUCCAGUAAGCAGCACAAAGCAUAGUGGAUGCUUCUGCAAUACUCCAAACACUCCCAACAAAUAUGCAGCAGAGUACCCUAUUCUGUCCCACAGUGCCAACAAGCGCUUGGCUGAUUUCUGAAAAUGAAGUGUGCUAUACCACCCUGAGAGGAGCUUGUAGUUUAUCUCCUGUAUUUUUUGUGGAGAUGGUGCUCUGAAGGUUCAGUAUAAAAAAGUUUGUCUACUGUUCCUCGCUGAAAACCAGCCCCAGCACAUCCUCCCAGCGACACAUGUACCUGGAUGGCAGAAGAGGAUCAUUUGCCAGGAGCAACUUGUUUGGCUCAGAAAUAACUCAAUGAAGGUGCUCCGCUAAGGUGCACCAUUGCAUAAAAAGAUGUCCGUUCUGCAAAGGUGUUCCUGGCGGGGGGGAGAGCGAAUAAAAGGGUACAACAGCAAAGAGUAGAACUUGGGUGUGUUGGCAGCUUUGUGCAGAGAAGCUCUUUAUCUUGUCUCUGUAGAUUAUCAUCGAGAUGGGGAGAGAAUGGGGAACCUCCUGGAUGGAAAUGGGGUGGUUUUUCAGAAUAUUAAUCCUUGCUCUGUGCAAUUAUCAAUCUUGAGAACUGUUAACAGGUUUUUUUUUCUCAGGGGUGUCAAUUACCCAAGAGUUCAGAAUCGACCAAAAUGUUGUGAAUUUACAAACAUUAAAUGAAUCAUUGGAAUAAAGUAAUUUGAAUGAAAUGCCAUUACUGUGCAUCUUGAGACGGUUGUGAAGUCUGUGACUUUGCUUUUGAUCUGAGGUCUUUAAUGUAUAGCACCAGUAAUAGGUACCUUUUUGUAUACAACAUGACUUCCUUUAAAGGUACACAGUAGAUUCUGUGCUUGCUUCAGAUCUGGAGUGCACUGGUACUGUCCUUACAUUCAGUGUUAUGCUAGCCCAUCUCCUCUGUGCUGCUCUGGCUAAUGAGGAAGUAUUAGCCAAAGCAGCAGUAGGCAGUGGUGAUUUGCAGAGUGUCAGCAGACUUCUUUCACAGCCUCCAAUGCUGGUAUAAAUUGGUAUGGCCAGAGGGAAGAGUGCAAUCUCUGCCUUAGCCAUACCUCCAGUAGGGGCUGGGCUGUGCUUGGCCAGGGACUCUCAUUCAAUGUAAAACUGCUUGGAAAUGGUUUAAUAUUGACUGAAUGGACAUUGUCAGGGGACUUCAUUGAGAUAUAGUGCCUAGAGUGUCCCUUUAAUGCCAGUAGCAAUACAGUCAUAUCAUUGCAAUCUGGGUUUCAUAUUCCCUCUCAUUGACUGAAAGCAGGGGUAUACAGAACUGGCAGCAGUAAAUAUGCACGUUUCAUGGUGGCACCGCAUGUUUGGGCCCAGUGGCAUGAAAUGGCAUUGGUUGUUAAGGGGUUAACUUUCCACCAUUUACAGAGGAAUAGUGAGGACAGCUCACCCUCUCCCCCCCUUCAUUUUGUGUUUGAUAAUAUAACCUUUAAACCUAUAGCUUUUCUUCUGAGAAUAAGAUCUGUAUUCCCCUCCCACGGUUUCCCUGCUCUUUGUUGAGCCAGCAGAAAAGGAAAAAAAAAAGAAUGGCUAAUACACAUUGUCUAACAUUGCAUUGAACGGGAGGGGAGAGCUAGGGAGACAGUGCUGGGAUUGUGUGCAACCCACAUUAAUAUCAUAUGUCUGUGACUUUCCUUUUUAUUUUCCCUUAACUCGUUCUAUGUAUUUGUUUUGUCUUUCAGGAACAGGCCCCAGUACCAGUGUACCACCCAACUCCGAGUCAGACUCGCCUAGCAACACAGCUGACUGAAGAGGAGCAAAUCAGAAUAGCUCAAAGAAUAGGUCUCAUACAGCAUCUGCCUAAAGGAGUGUAUGAUCCCGGCCGAGACGGAUCGGAAAAAAAGAUCAGAGAGUGAGUUUUCCUGUUCACCGUUCAAUAUAUAUUGAUAUCUUUGGUUAUGGAUCUGCUGUUAUCCUUUUGUAGCAGAAUUGUUAGUGAACUGCCAGUGAUGAUAAAUGGCUUCUGGUAUCUCUAUGUAGAAACCCACACAUAUGAUGUUUAUCCACAUAAUUGGGAAUUGUAGUGAAUUUUGGGUCACAAUAAACAAUCUGAGAAUUUUGGUUUGGUUUUUUUGUGCAUUUCUGUCUUUCGAUUGACUUUUUUUCUUUGCCCUAAAUAUUAAUUCGCCGCCUUCUCUGCAAUUUUCACUUGAGUGAAUAAACCUAUAUUUUCCAACAAAGCAGUUAUAAUAAUUUAAUUAUUGUUGUUAAAACACCAGGGAUCACUUAAGAAAUAAAUUAGUUAUUCUAAUGUUGCCCUAGUGAUUCCUUAUUCCUUAACUCACUUAUUAAAGGGACACUCCAGGCACCCAGACCACUUCUGCCCAUUGGAGUGGUCUGGGUGCCAACUUCCACUACUCUUAACCCUGCAAGUGUAAUUAUUGCAGUUUUUUUUAAACUGCAAUAAUUACCUUGCAGGGUUAACUCCACCUCUAGUGGCUGUCUACUAGCACAGGAAACCUGUGCCAGAGCGUCGCUGGACGUCCUCACGCUGUGUGAGGACCUCCAGCGUCGCUAAUUUCCCCAUAGGAAAGCAUUGAAAUGCAUUUUCAAUGCUUUCCUAUGGGGAGUGCUAAUGCACAUGCGCAUUAGGUCUCCGUGGCCAGUGGGCGGGAUCAGUCUCGCCCACCGGCCGACUCAGAGUAAGAAGAGGCACGGAGGAAGAAGCAGCGACAUGGGACAUCGUCGCUGCCUCAGGUAAGUUACUGAAGGGGUUUUCACCACUUCAGCAACCGGGGAUUGGGGGGUGGGAGGGAGAGGGGACCUGCAGUGCCAGGAAAACAGACUGUUUUCCUGGCACUGGAGUUUCCCUUUAAACCCUAUUUUUAUUUUUUUUAAAUAAAACAUAAGUUUAGUUGAUUGGUUAUGGUGCAAGAUUGUUUGAGAUGGGCAUCUCAAACAAGAUGUUUCUGAACUACAACUCCCAUGAUUCUCUGUCCAUCUAUUGAAUUUAAUGAAUUUUGGGAGUUGUAGGCCAUCAACAUAUUGAGUAAAGAAUUUAAGAGACUCAAACUUUAAAUUUUUGCACUUGUUUUGUAGUUUUGGCUGUUAGGACUAUACUUCCAGCAUUUCAGUGCACACAUCGUCCGACUGCAGUAUUUCAGUCACAUGUAUAAUUCUCGGCUCAGCCUUUUAACUUUAUGAAGUCAAUACAAUAUAUGCUAUUACAGAGGAGGAACUACUAGAGGUGCAACUGUUUCAGAGUUCACAAAGUUUUGGGGGGCAAUCAGGUGACCCUCACAGUCCUCUUUGGCACAGCUACAUCACAAGAAAAUCCAGGUACAAUGGUAGGAUAAGAUGACCGGUAGGGGGGAAUAAAAUGCAGAGACGGGUUGUGGGCGUGCAGUGGGGAGAGACGGGUUGUGGGCGUGCAGUGGGGAGAGACGGGUUGUGGGCGUGCAGUGGGGAGAUACGUUGGGUGGUAAUAACCUGGAGAGGCAGUAGUUGAGAAAUCUUCUUUUUUUUUCCCACUUCUGCUCUUUGGACCUUGCACCUCUAUUAUUUCCACCACUGCACCAUAGUUAUAAAAGGGGAAGUCAAUUUGUGGACACAGGUGGAGAGGGAUUAAAUUGGAGAGACAGGUUGCGGGGGGAAUAACAUAAAGAGGCAGGAUGUGUUGAAAUAAAUAAAUGUGUGGAGUGGUUGAGGGAUCCUCCUUUUGGCCUCCACUGCUCUAUAAGGGCAGCCAAAAAAGUACUCGCACCUGCAUUAGUUCCACAAAUGUGCCAUGGAUUUGUUUUUAAUAUAAACACCCCAAUGUGAGUCAGUAAACUUGCAAAUGAUGAAUGUACCAUUCCUAAUUUAAUAUUGUAAUAUUCUCUAUAAUAAAUCUUGAAGUGGAUAUCUGUUUUUGUUAGGCUGUAUACAUGUCUAGUGUUAUAUAAACUGACCCUUGCUGUCUUUGUAGGUGCGUGAUCUGUAUGAUGGACUUUGUGUAUGGCGACCCGAUACGAUUUCUGCCCUGCAUGCAUAUUUACCAUAUGGACUGUAUAGACGACUGGCUGAUGAGAUCUUUUACUUGCCCAUCCUGUAUGGAACCAGUGGAUGCCGCACUUCUCUCAUCCUACGAGACUAACUGAGAACCUGUGGACUCCAUGCACAGGCCAUGGCUGCUGACGGUUCUCUUUCCUUUGUCUCUGAGCCCAAAGAACCACAGCAUAGGGAUUAGGAGGACACACAAGUUCCUACACCUUUAUCAGCCGGCAGUGUAGAAAAUUUAGGUUACAAUAGACAGAAGGGAAAACUAGGAGGAAUGUAACUGAAUACUCAGCCCGGGGUAUUAAAUCAGCAGCUCCUACUCACUGGAUAGCAGUCUGUACCUUUGCAUUUUGACAUGUGCACAGGAUUAAAUCCUCUGUAUCUGUGUUCGCGUAUGUGUCCUGUCCCUCCACUGCCUUAUUUCCACAGACACUUACCACCGUCUCUUUGCCACCCCAUGUCACGUAGUGAUCUGUCUUUUUGUUCCUAGUGGAUUUGUGACAGUCCAUGUCUAUAUUUGUGGGAGUGGACACUAUAAAACCAUCGCUGUGGAAAUUUCUCUCCAAGGACACUCAUACUGGAAACGGCAGGCUGUACGCUGCACCGCGAUAUGUUGCCGCAAGCUGUAUUCCGUGAGAACAUUAAGGAAAGGAGAUGCUGCUAUAAGCACAGAAUGGCAGUCAGAACGUCUGUCUUUUCCGAUAUGCAGUCAUAUGUUAAACCUAUUGUGAUUUCUGCUGCAGGUUCUAUGUUUCCUUCCUCAAAGAAAAACAAAAAGAACGUUCCCAGACACAUUCGAUCAGUGCACUUCUGUGCCAAAGGAGUCUGCGAUGAAACCGUAGCCUCUCUAGAGGUUUUACUUUUCACGUUUUAGGAAACUGGCACACAAGUAGAUUUAACCCCACUGCUCCUGCAGGUGUCCAGACUGGGCUCCUGGCCCCUCUCACAGAGAUGGAUUCUUUGCACCUUUUAUUAUUAAAAUAAUAAUUAUUAUUAUUGAUAUUAUAUAAUUAUUCUUUCCAUUGGAAAUGGAAUUUCAUGGCCUUAGGUCUCUGCAAAGCAAACUUUUUGCAGGACAGGCUCCUUACCAUUUGUGUAAGAAUUGUGGUCAGAGAGCUAUGUUGUGUUUGCAGGUUAAAAUCAUGCAAUAUCUCAACGUGAUCCAUUAACCAAACAUGAACUGCUCUGUAAAACCGUGUGUUCAAAGCGAGGAAAAACACAAAGAAUGCGUAUUUGUUUGUUUGUGUAUGGUAACCCCUUCACUGCCACAGCUUCCUGCUCAUUGAGUGCAGGGUAGUUUGGCUUUGAAGGGGUUAACUACCAUUUCUUUUAUGUCUAUAUAAUCACUACAGUAUGUGUUAUUUUUGUUAUAAUUUUUUUCUUUUUGUGUAAACACAAGUUGUAUUUUCAGCAAUCCUUCAAUAUGGUUCUGCUAGCUCAGCACCACAAUAAAGCUGUGUAUUCCUGAGGUUUAAUUCUUUUGUUUGGCUAUUCUUAAUACUAUGAACACUUCCAGAUUACCCAGCGGGAAGGGAGGGCAGCUUUCGGCAUUUCCCAGACGGCAGACAUGUUCCUAAUUCUAAGCUUUUGAAACUAAUUUCUCAUUGUCUCUGCAUCACUGAAA